GACAUUAUCAACAGUUUCCUCUCACUCUUCUUUGCUGGUAACUUCAGAAUUGACUUGGUUUACUGGGAUACGGGCUGGUCAAAAUGGCUAAGGGCGGCGUCUUCAGCCAAUUAAAGGGCCUUGAUGCCUUUGGCAAGACCAUGGAGGAUGUGAAGGUCAAGACACGGACAGGAGCAUUAUUAACUCUCAUCUCUGCAUGCAUCAUCGUGUUCUUCACUCUCAUGGAGUUUGUGGACUACCGGAGAAUACACCUCGCCACCUCGGUCGUGGUGGAUCGAAGUCGGGGGGAGAAGCUGCUGGUUAACAUGAACAUUACUUUCCCGAGGGUACCGUGCUAUUUGCUCAGCUUGGACGUCAUGGACAUAUCCGGCGAGCGCCAACACGACGUGACGCAUAACAUGCAGCGCGUCCGUCUUUCUCCACAAGGCAUCCCCAUUCCGGACGUGCUUCCCGAGUCCGGUCUCUCGAAUGAGAUAGAAAAAGUGAUCGAGGCGCGAGAAGGUGGGGAGUGCGGCUCGUGCUACGGUGGUGAUCCGCCCGCGUCGGGAUGCUGCAACACGUGCGAGGACGUCAGGGAAGCGUACAUGCGCAGAGGAUGGAGCUUCAGCAGCCCUGAGGAUAUCAAGCAGUGCGUAAAUGAAGGCUGGACGGAGAAGGUCAAGUCCCAGUCCGAGGAGGGUUGCAAUAUUUCUGGUCGCGUCCGUGUAAACAAGGUCAUUGGGAAUUUCCACUUUUCCCCCGGCAAGUCCUUCCAGACAAAUGCGAUGCACGUGCACGAUCUCGUCCCCUACUUGAAGGAUGCGAACCGCCAUGACUUUGGGCAUGAGAUACAUUACUUCGGGUUUGAGAGUGACGGGGAACAGCAGGCUGAGGUUGGCAGGCUUAGUAAAAGCAUCAAGACCAAGCUUGGGAUCGACAAGAAUCCUCUCGAUGGCUUGAGGGCACAUGUGCGUAGUCUUUCACGCAGAGAGACUAGACGUGUUCCUGGAAUGAGCUCUAACCGGCGAUCGUACCGCCCUGAACAGACGGAGAAAAGUAACUACAUGUUCCAGUACUUCCUCAAGGUUGUUUCGACAAAGUACGAGAUGCUUCGUGGAACUGUGGUCAACUCGCAUCAGUACAGCGUCACGAGUUAUGAGCGUGACCUGUCUCAGGGCGAUAAAGCCCAGCGGGACGAGCAUGGGACCAUGACGAGCCAUGGCGUGAGUGGAAUACCUGGCGCUUUCUUCAACUUCGAAAUAUCUCCCAUGGUCGUCGUGCACCAAGAGACACGGCAGUCCUUCGCUCACUUCCUGACUUCAACAUGUGCCAUUGUAGGCGGUGUCCUUACGGUCGCCGCCAUCUUCGACAGUAUGCUCUUUUCUGCCGAGCGCAAGCUGAAAAAGAGCUCCAAUUCCACCUACACCAAUGGGUCCGGGCUGAAUGGUGGUGCAUACCAGAAGGCGAUGUGAGACGAUGUCCUUUUCUGGAGGGUUUUGAAAUGACAUAGAGCCACACAUGCAUGCACUCUUAUGGGAUCCUAAUUUAC